CAGAUACUUUGUAAAGUCGUUGCAAGUUGUGUGUAUAUAGUUAUAUGUUAUCUAUGUGGCAGAUCAGGUCUGAAAAUCCUCAUUUACAGCGAAUACAACAGCUGGGAAUGGUUGAAACGUAUUUCCAGCUGAACUCCCAUUUGUCCACACUGGCCAGUAUCCACAAGAUCUACCACACCCUGCACAGGCUGAACCUGACAGAAGACGUCGGCCCAGAGACCCACGGCUCAGCCUGCUGCUCCAGAGCCAUGCCCCCCAGGAAAAAGAGAAGACCCACUGCUGGAGAUGACUUGUCUGCCAAGAAGAGCCGACAGGACAAUGUUUACAGAAAGCAGGAGACUUUACAAAUCCAGGAGGCUGAGGCUUUCUCUAGCAAGAGAUGUCUGGAGUGGUUCUAUGAAUAUGCAGAGUGUGAUGAUGUGGUGGGACCAGAGGGGAUGGAGAAAUUCUGUGAAGACAUUGGAGUGGAACCAGAAAAUGUGGUGAUGCUGGUAUUGGCCUGGAAGCUUGAUGCACAGAGUAUGGGUUACUUCACUUUACAGGAGUGGCUCAAGGGAAUGGGCUCAUUGCAGUGUGACUCUACUGAAAAACUCAGGAACUCCUUAGACUACCUGAGGUCUGUCCUCAACGACGCCACCAGUUUCAAGCUCAUUUACCGAUAUGCCUUCGACUUUGCCAGGGAGAAGGAUCAGAGGAGUUUAGACUUGAAUACUGCCAAGUGCAUGCUGGGACUUCUGCUUGGGAAGACCUGGCCACUGUUUCCAGUGUUUAACCAGUUUCUAGAACAAUCAAAGUAUAAGGUUAUAAAUAAAGAUCAAUGGUGCAAUGUUCUAGAAUUCAGUAGGACUAUCAACCUUGACCUCAGUAACUAUGACGAGGAUGGGGCUUGGCCAGUGCUGUUGGAUGAGUUUGUGGAAUGGUAUAAAGACAGAGAAAUGUCGUAGCGACGACUUCCCCGUUCACCUCCAUCACCAACUAGAAAUCAAUCGGCAACAAUCACCACGACAAUGACGACAGAAACCGCUUUGAAACAAACAUCUAGAAAACAAAGUACAAAUGAAAACCGAAGUGUUUGGGACACUGUUGGUGGCCCCUGGCAGUGAGGGCCAAGCGUACGAGUGUUUGCAUAUAAUGUAAUUAAUGCACAUGUUUGUAUGUUGCCCUUUUAGCCAGGGCCAUAGGAGGGUCACUGGUGGUUGUGUGUUGGAGAAACAACAUUCCACCAACUUCACCUAGCCCCUCUAGCCCACAUUGCAUUGUGGGCAAGCACACGGCCAGCUUUUGGGCCGCCUUCCCACCCCACUGUGAUGUUUCAUAUUGCUGUGAAUGUUUCCAUAGGCUCUUGUGCGGAGGAUGCAUAAGGCAGGAUAGAUAAAACGCCAAUAUCGUCUGAGGUCUUAAGAAAGGAAGGAAAAAUUUAGAACAUCUGCUUGACUGUUUAUUGAAGUAACCUUUGAGAGUGUCGCUCUGCUGAUGUGGUCCAAACACUGUUUACUAUGGUUUGCAUGUUGGAAGAUGAGGACAGUCAGAACAUGCUACCAUAGCUAUAUAGUGACCUUUGCCAUUCUUUUUUUAGUCCUGUGUUACCGGACACUACAGGACAGUUAUGAACUAGGCAUGAAAUAUCGAUGCACAGUGUGUGGCGUACAGAUAAGAAAUGGAACGGUACCAUUGCAUAGGGAGCAAAAAAAACAGUGUAAACUUCACCCACUUGUUCUAGACCAAUCUGUCAUCUGUGCUCCAUACCUGCUAUCUUUGAUCUGAAAGAGCAUGGGAAGCGUGUUCAGAUGUGCUAUGGGAAUGUGGUCAGGUGCUAAGGUUUAGUCACAAAGUGAGUGUAUGUCUUCCCUUUUAAAAUCUACUGUACGUAGAGGCCAGUGUUCAUUUUCUUCCCAAACAACAUGCACACCUAGGUAGAUAUGGCCGUUUUGCCAAAGAGUGCAAGCAGAUUCUUAAAGGGACUGCUGUUUAUAUUCACUGUGUCACUUGAUCGUGCAUCGGAUUACAUUUCAUUGGUCCAUGAUCACACUUUUAGCAAUGUAACUACACUGGACAUGUCGAAGUAAAAAUAAAAGAUAGGAAACAAGAAAGCGGUUAAAGUGCACUUUUGAUUUCUGUGAUAAAUUGUCACAAUAAUUAAAUAGAAAAUGUCCUGCCUCCAAGCGCCGACGGUUCUCUGGACACACCCUCUUCCACAGAUCUUGUGGACAAAUGUGAUCACCUUAACCCAUAGUGACCAAUGCCUAGCUAACUAUUUAACGUUCUAGUUAUGUUUGUAAAACUGUUAAGUUUUGUCUAUGGCUGUGGCGUGAAGCUUACUUGCCACCCGAACAAGAAAAAAGCAUGCAUGCAUUCUGCAAUUAGAGCCGUCUUUGUGAACGAAUGAGAUUUUCCUUUUGCUUGUUUUUUUUUUUUUUACAGGUAUUUGUAGACGUACUUUUUUGUGCUUAAUUUUGUUAUCUGCAGUCACGCAGUCCUAACGCUUUAUGAGAAACAUGAUUGUGUGAUGGUGUUUAGAGCUUAAACACACCUGUAACCUCAUAUGUUGAGAUGUUCCACUCUGCAUUGCCUAUUCCACCAUCUCCACCAAGUGCUAAACUACCAUCUAACUCCAGAAUCUACAAAUCCAUGACUUUUUAGUUUGUUUGAAGGUUCAUGUAAUAAAAAAAAUUGAAGUACAUACAUUUAAAUAAUUGUCAACCUUCAUUUAAAUGUAACCAGGAAACAACUGUUACCCACAAAGUCAAGAUGUGUGUUUAAUUCGUUUUUCGAAGGUUAGAGGUUGCUCGUCCUAAAUGAUUUUAUAAGUACAAAGUGCACCCACCCAGUAUCUGAGGAAUUAGCAGUCUAUGUAUGCUGUGCAUGCUGGUCACAAUCCAUCUGGAUAGUAUCUUUGGACACACACCACAGUCUCAUUCAUCUGCACCUGUUUGUGCCUGAGGGAGAUUUAUGAAGGAUUUGAACUUAUCAGAGUUUCUGUAUGUGGUUAUGACUGUUGCUUUUGUUGGGGUAGUAUGUAAUGCAGAGGGUUGAUUCUCAUCUGACUGUAUA